AUGGCCAAAAGAACAUCCGAGGCUGCCGACCUACCGACGCCCAAAUCAGCUGCCAAGGGCCAGGAGACAGCUCGAUCACCCGCUGUUCAAGAUGUCGAUGAGGAGAUGGGUGAAUUCGAGGACAAGUGGGAGGACGAGUAUGAGAGUGAGGGAGAGGUCGUAGAUGCUGAAGCGGAGGGUGAUGACGAUUUCACACCUGCCCAAGAAGAUUCCGCCCCACCUCCCGCACCCACCAAAACCUACCUUCCUGGAACAGCCAUAGAAUCCGACGAACAUCUUGUACCUGACAACUCUGUCUAUCUCGCCUUACAUUCCCUUUCUUACUCUUGGCCAUGUCUCUCCUUCGAUAUACUGAAAGAUACUCUCGGUUCUGAUCGUGCUACAUUCCCACAUACCUCAUGGAUUGUUACUGGAACACAGGCAGGGGAAGUACCCGGACAAGGGAGUAAAGCCAAGGACGAAGUGGUAAUUAUGAAACUUGGAAACUUAUCGAAAACUCAACAUGAUGAUGAUUCCGAUGACGACGACGAAGAAGAGGACGAUGAGGGAAACGACGAAGAUGCCACAUUGGAUUUCUUGACUAUACCUCAUAUCGGGUCAGUCAACCGUAUCAGAGCUGCUCCUGCCCCAGCAGGAAACAGUUUACCUGAACCAUAUCACGUAGCGACGUUUUCCGAAACUGGUAAAGUGAAUAUAUUCGAUGUUAGACCUUAUAUAGACACAUUAUCUGGAGAUUCAAGUAAACCUCGUCAGAAGACACCUAUACAUACUAUAACCAACCAUGGAAGAUCGGAAGGUUUCGCUGUAGAAUGGGGUAAAACAGGUUUAUUAACUGGUGAUAUCGAUAAGAAGAUUUACUUGACUACUAUAACACCAACGGGAUUUAACACAUCACCUCAACCUUAUCUCUCGCAUACUUCGUCAGUAGAAGAUCUCCAAUGGUCACCUAAUGAAAGUACUGUAUUCGCCUCGGCUUCAGCAGAUAGGACAGUGAGGGUAUGGGAUAUAAGAGCAAAAGGUAGAAAGUCUGUCGUAUCGGUACAAGCUCAUAAAGAAGAUGUUAAUGUGAUUUCAUGGAAUAAAGGUGUAGAAUACUUGUUGGUAUCGGGUGGUGAUGAUGGUGAAUUGAACGUAUGGGAUCUAAGAAUGUUCAAUAAAGGCCAACCAACCCCCGUCGCCAACUUCUCAUGGCAUCAAGCACCUAUAACAUCCGUCGAAUGGCACCCAACCGAUACUUCCGUCUUUGGCGCAUCGGGCUCAGACGACCAAUUGACACUAUGGGAUCUAUCCGUUGAACCUGAUGAAGAUGAAUCGCCCAAUAACGCCAUAGUCAAAUCUGCAGAUGGAUCUGAGAUCCCCAAUGUCCCUCCUCAAUUGCUGUUUGUUCAUCAGGGUCAGAAGGAUACAAAGGAAAUUCACUGGCAUCCUCAAAUCCCAGGUAUGGUAUUGAGUACGGCUAGUGAUGGGUUUAACGUGUUCAAGACUAUCUCUUGUUAA